GUCUCCUGUCUCUACUCUCUACUCACUAUUGUCUACAGCGUCCGCGCUCAUGGUUGCGUUGUCUGCAAGCUGAUUUCUGCAGUGCUGUGUCUGUUUAUUAAUCCGUAUUUCUUAAUUAACCAAAUGGUAAAUACGGAUAUAGACCGAAAUUAAUAUUGUUAACACCAAUGCGGAGCCUAAUAAACUAGUUUUCAUCGUAACGAAUAAGUACUCGUCAAGAUGGAAACGGAUGAACAUAUUUCUCCCAACGGCGAUGUAUUUCAUCACCGCUUGAAGCAAUUAACUGAUGAGGAUAUAAAGCGGCUUGAAUCGCAAAAUACGCGUAUUAUACAUGAAGCUAAAGCAGCGAAACUCGACAAGGAGGCUAAGAGGCACUGGGAUAUAUUUUAUAAAAGAAAUGAAACAAAGUUCUUUCGCGAUCGGCAUUGGACAACACGUGAGUUUCAAGAGUUAAUCAAUUUUGACUCUGAGCAACAAAUCAUAUAUCUAGAACUGGGGUGUGGAGUAGGAAACAUGAUAUUUCCAUUAUUAGAGGAAGGUUUUUCAAAUUUUUAUUUCUACGCAUGCGACUUUUCACCACGUGCAAUCGAUUUUGUAAAGUCAAAUAAAUUGUAUAACGAAUGUCGUGUAAAAGCUUUUUGUGCAGAUCUCACGACAGAUGAUCUUUUCGAGAAUAUUAGUGAGAAUGUGGCAGAUAUAGCUAGUUUAAUAUUUGUCUUAUCUGCCAUUAAUCCAAGCAUGUGGGCGCAAGUGGCUAGGGUUGCAUAUAAAGCCUUGAAGCCGGGUGGGGUCCUUUUAUUCAGAGAUUAUGGAAGGUACGAUAUGGCCCAAUUAAGGUUUAAACCUGGACACAAAAUAUCCGAGAACUUCUACAUGCGACAGGAUGGUACUCGAUCAUAUUAUUUUACUGAAGAAGAAUUGGCUGAUCUUUUCACCCAAGCUGGAUUUGAAAUUCUUUCAAAUACCUAUGUGCAGCGGCGAACAGUAAAUUUUAAAGAAGGAAUUGAUGUCCCUAGAAUUUUUGUACAGGGCAAGUACAAGAAGCCUGAAUCUAAAGGUGACUACUUUUAAAUUUAGAAGCUGAUUGAGUGAUGUUUUAACUUUGGGUAAAUUUAUGAGAUGUGGCAACAGCUUAGGUCAUUUUGGGAAUAAUAAGCUGUGAUUGGUUACAUUAAAAUUAACAUAGCUUAUAUGGAAAAAAAACAACCAUCUACAGGCCCAAUUUUUAGAGCAAAGAUUCAAAAUAAUGACAACAACUAAUGAUGCCAGUAUAGUUAAUUAAGAAUUCAAUGGCUCCUGAAAAUGAAUAAAAAGUGAGAAAUUCUAGUGGAGAAAUAAUGAUGGAAUGGCUGAAUGUGAAAAUGAAGUUUGUCAUUAAAUAAGAUCACUAUUUGAGAUUCAGUGUGACUCUUUGAAACAAAGUAUAUGCUGUUCUAAAGAAAAGAAGCUAUAUGCAAAUAUUAAUCUGCGGAUGGGGCCCCGAUUCCUACUGCAAACUUGUGACCAUCUGGAAUUUCAAGUUUUGAUUAUAUGUUCUGAGUCCUACCUGAUGCUACCUACAACAGUCGCUUAUGGUACCAAAUAGCGCUUUUUGAGUUCUCUUAACAAGGUGCGUGAAGAAGUGCAGGCUAUGAAGUAUGAAGACCUUCCUUCAAGUGGUAUAUAGGCGAAUGUGUGCGAAAAUGUAAUAAUUAGAAUUAUAUUUUUGUAAAAAA